AUGGCUUCCCAUUUCUUCUUCCUGUGUACUCUCCUAACUUUCUCAUUAUCUUUCCCUGGAAUCUUAGGUGCCCUCCCGAAGUACGUAGUGAUUAACGAAGCCCCGACACAUGGGGGCGGCAUCAAAUUCGUCAAAGUUAUUGGCGGAAUUCCGUAUACGCAAAAAAUAAUGCGUCACAUCAACAAGUUUAUAUGGUACAAAGUCUUCAAACAAAACACCCCGGCGGACCAAAAACCCUUAGAUAAUGUAACAGUUUUCAUCAAGGAUUUUGUAGGAGCCGAAGGAAUCGCUUGGGGCAAUGAUAGGAUUAAUAUUAGCGCGGUUUUUUUACGGGAUUACCCUGGGCCUAUGUCCUUGAAAUGGAUAUUUACGUCCCUUAUGCACCAUGAAAUGACCCACGUUUUUCAAUGGAAUGGUGAGGGUAAGACCCCUGCACCUUUGGUAGAAGGGAUCGCAGAUUACACGGUUCUGAAAGCUAAUUACAACCCACCGGGCUUUAACAUGCCCGGUUCAGGGGAUAGAUGGGACCAGGGGUAUGAUUACACGGCCCGUUUUCUCGAGUAUUGUGACGAGCUCGUUCCAGAUUUUGUGGCAAAGCUUAACAAUAUGAUGAGAAAGACUUAUGAUGUCUCUUUUUUUCAUAAUUUAACAGGAAAGCCUGUGGAGGAACUGUGGAAGGAUUACAAGGCUAAAUAUGCCAAUAAGGCUUUAGAAGGAAUAAAAAGCUAA